AUGGAAGAAAGUGAUGAAUCUGAUCACCCUGUCUCAGCAGGGAGGCAAGAAAUUUGAAAGAGAAGAUGACCCAGCCAACCAAAGGUAGAUAAAUCCCAGCAGACUAAAGUGACAGAGAAAAAGAAACACUUCUCUAUACCACAAUCAUCUGGCCCCAAAGGUACCCUUAGUAUUGGUAAUAUUCCUGGAAGCAAAUUCAACUAUGAAUGUCAUAGAGUAUCUUCUCAACUUCAGCAAACUUGGACAAAGAGAAAACGUGUACAUGAUAUGACUGAUAAAUCUCUGCAGACAGAAACUACUGCAGAAGAGAAAAAAGAAGAAAUCAAGUCAGUUUGUGAAACAGUGGUACCUGAAGAAAAGCCAGCUAUUGGAGAAGCUAUUGGAGAAGCAGCCCCUGAAUUUCCAGAGAGUGUUCAGGAAGUAGAAAUUCCACCAAGCAGACACUCAGUUCAACUCAAAACAGGCAGAUCUCAGCAGACCAGUUGUACUGGAGACUCGACAAUGAUGAACAUUCCUUAAAAAGAAAAAAAAAAAAAAGAGAAAGUAGACAAGGAAGAGCAGACAAACUUUAGUGAAUCAGAAAUAGUGGUUAUUGGCUGGCCAAGUAAUCCGUCAAAGUCAAAGGAAGGUGCACAGAUGCAAUCCUCAGGGAAGAUUUUUGUUACUGAACAUCCUGAAUUUCAACCCACAACAAGUAACAACAAAAAAAUUAGGCAGCAAAGUAUUAACAGAGCUUUAUCUAUUCCACCAACCAAAAAAGAUGCUCCAGUACUUUUAGAAGAUGGGAAAGAUGUUCCAGCUGAAGUACAGCCUCCUGCUGCAGAAGAGAGCUCUGCUGAAGUGCAACUUCCACUAGCUGAGGAGGUUACUGCAGAAGAGGUUUCUGCUGAAGUUCAGCCUCCAGCAGCUGAAGACGCUCCUACACAAGAGGUCCCAGAACUUCAAAUUUCACCAGCUCUGGAGUCCCCUGCAGAAGAGGCCCCAGCUGAAGUUGAGUCUCCUCCAGCUGAGGUGGCCCCUGCUGAGCUUCAGUCUCUACCAGCUGAGGAGGCCCUUGCAGAGAAAUCCUCUGCCAACAUUCAGUCUCCACCCACUGAGGAGACCUCUGCAGAAGAGGUCCCAGAAGAAGUUCAGUCUCUGCCAGCUGAGGACACCCCUGCAGAAGAGGCCUCUACCAAAGUUCAGUCUCCACCAGCUGAGAGGACCCUUGCAGAAGAGGCUGCAGCUGAACUUCAACCUCUACCAGCAGAGGAGGCCCCUGCUGAACUUCAGCUUCCAUCAACUGAAGAAACUACUUUGGAAAUGUUCUCUGUUGACAAACACUCUUCACUAGCUGAAGAGUCCUUUAUUACACAAAUCUCUGUAAAAGAAACCUCUGCUGAAGUUCUGCUUCCACCAUCUGAGCAAACACCUGCAGAUGAAGCUCUGGUAGAGAAUGUGUCUAUGGUUUAUUAGUCUCCCCAGGCAGCGGACGUCCUGGUGGUAAAAUUAGGAUCAGGGGUUUUGGAAGAUAAGCCAAAAUCUGAAGAGCCUUUAGAAUGGGAUACAGUUCCUAAAGAUUCAUCUGAUACCAAGAAUGAAGAGGUUUCUAUUAAAAUAAAGGGUGUCAUCCAUAUAGAACUGGAAUAG